GAAAAACACAAACAAACAUCAAAAAUUUAUUAAUUUUCCAGCAUUUUUAAAAUUUUUUUGUCCAAAAACAUUCAAAAUCAACCAAAAAUAUGGAAAUAGAGAACGACAACUACGAUUCCGAACAUUCAGAUGAGGAAAUUGACUUUGACUCUUUGGAGCAACAAGGUCCCAAGAGCGAACACGAAUGUCCAACGUGCACCAAAAAAUUCCGAAUAUCCAAAUUGUUGUUCCAACAUCAACUGCUCGAGCACAAAGAUCAAAAAAUCUCGCUACUUUUACAAAACUUACUGGAAACUGAGGAAUUUUACUCCUCAGACAGCGAUUGUGACUACACCAUCAGUGUCGAAGUCAUUAAAACACUGAAACCCAAGUCGCAGUUCCUACAAGAAAACGCCGACGAUGCUGAGCAAGUCACGAAUUCCGUCAAAAUUGUGGAAAAAGAUGCGCAUUACGACAAAAUUGAGGACGCCACCGGUGAUGAUCGCAUUUCCUGCUCGUAUUGCACUCAAUCGUUCACCACAAAAAAGAUCCUGACGCAGCAUAUCAAACUUCAUCAUGUGCAGGACAAUGGCACAGUCGAAAUUGAUUUGUCCUCGAUGACGACUUUUUCGUGUCCCGAAUGCUUGCGCGAGCUCAAAGACUCGCGUUGCCUCAAGAAACACAUGAAGCUGUGUCACAACUUGAAGGUUCACAGUACGCGACGUCGUCCGCCGCCCAUUCGGAUGCCCGCCAAGGAGCCCAGUGUCGUCAAGGGUCCGUUAUGCGAAGAGUUUCCCAUAAUUCGGGAUCGGUCUCCGACUUCGGGCAAGCCGAGAACCAAAUGUGGCAUCUGCGGACAUGGACCCGUCUACGGUUACACGACAAUUAUGAAGCAUCAGGUGCGAAAACACGGGCGUCCCAUGAAGAAAACGAACGAUUUGUUCAUUUGUGACUUUUGUACGAAGCAAUUCAAGACCAAGGAGAAUCUUUCGCGACAUUUAAAGAUUCACGAGAACGCGAGACGGUACGAAUGUGAGCUUUGUGACGCGAAAUUCAAUACGGGACUCUUGCUGUUGCGCCACCGACGACUUCAUGUGUACAUAAAAUGCGAACUUUGCGACGAAGAAUUUCAAUUUCGGUCGCAGUACCGCAGUCAUCACCGAGCAGCACACCCAAAAACACACAAAAGUGCCACAAUGAUGCAGCAAGGAGACAACGACGAGAUAAUUUUAACGAAUGAGGUCCCAAAAGUGAAUGAUGGGAAUUUUUUCGAGCAGUGUCUUGGGUGCAAAAAACCUUUUCGCAGUAAGCGCGGCUUCAAGGAGCACCAAUGCAAGGAGAUCGACUACACGGAAGACACCCAAUCCGAUGCGGAGAUGGACGGUAGUCCUUUGAGAAAGGGAGAAAGUCCCUGCGGCAUUUGUUUCAAGUCGUUCAAAAGUAAAAAGGGCUUCAUUAAUCAUCGAUGCAAGGAACACCGUCAAGUUAUUUGCCCGUUGGACGAGUGCGGACUGAAAUUCGAUAAAUUUCGCGAUUAUUAUGAACACGUAGAACAAAUUCACAAUGGAAAUGACGAAAAUAUCAGAGCAGCGUUAAUUUAUUCGAUGGACGACGAAAGUGAAGUGAUACAAUUGCAUGAAGUGGGAGACGUUGAAUCGGAAAUAACUAUAAGCAAUUGAGUGGAUUUAUUAAAAAUUUAUGAAAAAUAGAACAGUUUUAGUUAAAAUUAUUAAGAAAAUGUGUUUGAAUGAAAAAU